AUGAUUAAAAAUACUUUAAUAAGAUCUUUUACAACUAUAAGAUAUUAAAAUUAGCCAAUUCCAUUGCAUUAUUAAUUUUUAUAAAGUUCGAAUGUAAAAGUAAAAGAUAAUUUAAUUGUUUUACAUGGAUUAUUCGGUUCUCAUACUAAUUUUCGUUCCAUAGUUAAAAAUGAUAAAAUUAAUUCUAUUGUGAAUUCAUAUUGCCUUGAUUUGAGGAAUCAUGGACUUUCUUAACACAAAAAUACGAUGUCUUUGACCGAAAUGGGAGAAGAUUUAGUAUAUUUUUUAGAUAAACAUAAUAUUUAUAAUGCUUUUUUAAUGGGACAUUCAAUGGGGGGAAGGGUUAUUUUAAGUGCUUUGAGAGAUCAUGGUAAAUUUUUAGAAGAAAGAGUAAAAGGAAUUAUUAUUUGUGAUAUAACUAACGGAAAUUUACUCAAAGAAAGAAGUGCUGACGUCUAUUAAAUGUGGAUAAUGAUUAAUUAAUUAUUAGAUAUAGAUUUUAAAAAUAAACCAAAAAUAAAAAUUUAACAAGAAGUUAAAAAUCUUAUAGAGAAUACAUAAGUUGCAAAUUUCAUGAAUAUGAAUGUUGUAGAAGAUUAAAAUGGAAAUUUUAAAUGGAGAAUGAAUUUGAGUGCAAUAAAAGAUUUUUAUAUGUAAAAUUUAGGUGAAGAUAUAAAAACAGAAAACGGUUGGAAAAAAAAUGUAUUUAUUAUAUGUGGUGCUAAAAGUCAUUAUAUAAAUUAAGAAAAAAUAAAAGAAUUUUACAAUAUUUUCCCUUAUUUAAAUGAAGAUAAAGAUGUUCAUUUUAUAAAAGGAGCUGGACAUUGGUUACAUGCAGAUAAAUAAGUUGAAUUUAUAGAAAAAGUGAGUGAUUUUUUAAGAAAAGUAUAAGAAAAUUGA